UGUUAUACAAGCUCUAAUAUAAACCAAAUUAAACCUCAAACUUGGCUAUUUUCACUCCUGUUUCUAGCUAUAACAUCAAGCAAGUGAUGUAUUCUAUCGCCAGGGAUGAUGAUGAAAAGCAUUGCAUUAACUCAGAGCUUUACAAAGCUCUGAUGAUUGUAGAAGAUGAAGAGAAGGUGAUAGAAUUAUGCAGGAAAAUCCCUGAUCAUGCGUUGCACAUAUUAACAAUACAUGACGACACCGUUUUACACAUGGCUACUUAUUCAAAGAAAGAUCGUUUAGUGCUGAGGCUGCUUGAUGAGUUGCCAGAUUGCUAUCUCCACAAAAUGACCCGUCAAAAUAAUGCGGGAAACACUAUUCUUCAUGACACUGCUACUAGCAAUCAUGCUCUCCCUGUAGCUGAUAAAGUGUUGAAGAAGGCGCCGGGUUUGCUGGGCAUCCGCAACAACAAUGGAGAGGCCGCACUGUUCCGGGCUGCAAGGUAUGGCAAGACUGAUAUAUUCAACUUUCUUGCUGGUAAAGUAUCGGGUUAUGAUCAAACUAGUAAGCACCCGUUUCUUCAGAGAACUGAUAAAACCAAUGUUCUUCACAUUGCCAUUCUUUCUCAGCACUUCGAAUUGGCCCUGCAAAUUGCGAAAGAAUAUAAGUCCUUAAUUGUUGAACAAGAUGUGGACGGAAUGACUCCUCUUCAGCUUCUCUCAUGCAAGCCUGAAGCUUUUAAACGCAAACACGAAGAAAGUUUUCUUAAGAAACUUAGUAAGUGCUUUAAAUGGACUUGUAGUUCGAAGCGGAGAGAAUUAAAGGAAAAGGAGGAGCGACAAUAUGAAUCAGCUAUGGAGCUCGCCAAGUUUCUGAUUAGAAAAGAUACCACGUGGGAGGAUUCUUAUUCUAUCCAAGACCAGAGUAGGCCUAAAAUACACAGAUAUGGGAUCUCUCCAACUCUCUUAGCUGCUGAGAAGGGAAGCGGAGAAGCGGCCGGAGCCGGAGGAGGAGACAGUGCGGAGACUCCUUUGUUUUUAGCAACCAAGUCAGGAUGUAUCGAGAUUGUUAGAGAAAUACUGAAUACAUACCUGCAAGCAAUCGAGCAUAUCGAUGAUGAAGGACGAAAUAUAUUGCAUGUAGCCAUCAAGUAUCGGCAGUUAGAGAUAUUUGAGCUAGUAAGCAAAAUGGAAGGACCGAUAAGGAGGCUAGUUCGAAAGAUUGACAACACUGGCAACACUAUAUUGCACAUGACGGGGAUUAAAAGAACAGAUUAUGUGCCUGAAAAGAUGGAAGGGCCUGCAUUUGUUUUGCAGGAGGAAUUGCUUUGGUAUGAGAGGGUUCAAGAAGUGACGAUAUCCCAUUUUAUGAAUCACCAGAAUAAUAUGGGGUUGACUGCCGAGGGAUUAUUUGCUACUGCAAACAAUGAACUUCGCAUUUCAUCCAAAGAAUGGUUAAAGCACACAGCAGAAGGAUGCUCAGUGGUGGCAGUUCUAAUUGCAACCGUUGCAUUUGCAGCAGCAUACACGGUACCAGGAGGAUCAAACGAGACAACCGGUUUUCCCGUCCUUAUAAAUCGACCAUUUUUUGUUGUUUUCACUAUAUCCGACGUUCUCUCUCUCACUUUCUCUUUGGCCGCCGUGGUUACAUUUCUCUCGAUUCUCACAUCCCCCUUUAGAUUGGAAGACUUCAAGCACUCUCUGCCGAAUAAAAUGACACUAGGCUUCACGUUUCUGUUCCUUUCUGUUUGCCUGAUGAUGGUAGCAUUUGCGGCAACGAUUCUGCUGAUGAUUGAAAACAAGGAACAUUGGGCGAAAAUCAUGCUGUACACCUGCUCUUUUGUCCCAGUUGGAAUCUUUGCUUUAUCGUAUUUCCCUCUAUACAUAAUAACGUCCAUAACCAGAGGCUGCAAGCAAUUGGGGAAGAAGGCAAGGCGGUUGAUUCCUCGGAGUUUAGAAGCUUUUCUGAAGAGGAUCUGCUGCUUGUCCACUGGUUCUAAAGCCCGAACCCCUGCAGGUUCUUCCAUUAUUCCAUGAAAUCCAUUCCACAAGCUUCAAGUUUCUUCAUUUGAAGUUAAAACGUUUAAUGUUUGCUCAAUGGUGAUUUGUUAAAAUUACAAAGUCCGCACUUCAGAUUGUUUAAGCAUGAUUUACUUAAUUUCUUGCCCCUGAUUAUAUGUAUUGUUUUAUAUAUAUAUAUAUAUAUAUAUAUAGAAAGACUUAUUCCCACCCAA